GUGCUCUUCCUCCUCCUGAGUUAGGCUUAGGAAGUGGCACUUUAUGUGUCAUUGCAAAUUACCCUUACAAUCAUACACACUAGUGGGACGAAGGAUCCAGCAAGAAUGCCACUCAAUCAAGCCGAGCUCAACAACUUUACGCUUCAAUUCCUUCUCCUAGAUACCAAUUCGGAUGGUUUCGUUGAGACAGAUCAAGUGAAGUCCCUCCUCCGCUCUCUGGGCUUUUACCCGAGUGAGGUUGACGUUGAGCGCGUGAUAUUGCUCAUAGACAGCAAAAAAACUGGUUUUGUCAGUAAAGAGGAUCUGCUACCCGUGGUUGAAAAACUCUAUGCACAGAAAAGUCAGCAAGACGUAGAAGCGGAGCUACGGGUAGCUCUCAGGGUACUGGACGAGGAUAUGGACGGCUACAUUACAAGUGGGCAGUUGCGGCACAUCCUGCUGAAUAUGGGUACCUCACUGCCACAAGAAGUAGUGGACGUCAUCCUUGAUGACAUUGAAAGGGAUAGCGAUGAUAAAAUUAGUCUCGAAGAACUUAUCACCAUGUUACUAAGUUCUCCUUAGUGAAGAAUUUGAAGACAUGCGCUCAACCUGACGCGGUACAGAAACUUGAACCGCGUAAAUUUGUUCAGCUGUGACCCCGUACGAGAAGUGACAGGAAUGGGGGAAAAAGUCAUCCUGAUGUAGACCUGCGCCCAAAAUAAAAAACGAAACUGAUGUAGAGAAACACGUGGGACAGCAUGAUUACUUGGA